GACCGCGCGUCUCACUGUCACACUUCGGCAGUAAAACACCUUGCCUCGCGUAGCAAACCUCCCCAGGCUAAUCCUUUCUGGGUUCCCAGCCACCCAUAACUACCCCCCCAGUUUUCUCCGAGACCCACUCCUCCUCCCUCCUCCCCCAUGACCCGCCACUCACUCGAGCUCGUCCGCUGGCCCUCCGGUGGCUCGCACCACAAGGAGGGGCAGUACGCGCCCUCCUCCAAGCGUUCCGACAUUUCUCGGUUGCUCGACCCGGCCUACCUCCCUGGCCCCGUCGCGAGCUCAUCGUAUUCUUCUGGCGCGUCGUCGUCGCUUUCCCAUUCGCCCACGCGCGAGGUUUACGUCGACCACCGGGGCGACCUGCACGACCCCGACUACCGCCACUUCCCUCCUCUCCCCACCACCCCAACCAAGCGCCGCUCGACGAGUCAACGCGUCCCGGCCUGGGAACGCGGAUACCCGCGCACCGGGCCAUACGACCUCGACGAGAACGACGAAGAUGCGGACGCGUCGGACAGCGAAUACGCGCAAUCGCUGUCGCACUCCAGGCCUUUGACGCCUGUUCCCCGCGUCACCCGUUCCGCGUCUAACCCCGCCCGGUCACGGCCGAAGGGAUACUCGACUUAUUACACCGACGCGUACUACUCGGAUCAUGGCCACACGCAUUCCGCGUCUCCGUCGAGAGUCAACUUCUCCGGUCAGCAGGGCCACCGCGAGUCGCCACUGCACCAUAUGCGGCACGAGUCGUUCUUCGAGUCCAUAACACCCACCGGAUCCUACGUUCAGGAGCCCCAGUCGUUCGUUGCCAACGAAGACGAUGAGGAGGAGGCGCUCAGCGAGAAGAAGCUGCGUCGUCAUCUCCGUCGCAAGUCGAAGAAGUCCAAAUCCGAGCAGGACGAGUCGGACGAGAAGCCAUCGACUCAACAGCCAGAGCAAGACGAAACGACACCUUCUUGCUCGCAAUCGCUCCGUGUUGCAUUCCGGGCGUUGUCUUUCCGCCUUCGCUACCGCUUGUUCCGCGCCCAGCGCACUGUGCGCCAUAAAAUAGGGCAGACGCGAGCUCGCGAUGGCUGACUAUGCACAUAAUCCAUCCCACUCGGUCACCGCCCCAUCAUUGGACGCUCGCUUACGCCUGCCAAUCGACUUGAUCACGAAAGCUCACGAUUCUGCCACUGAAUCGCUGUUAUCAUGACGCAUCAUGAUGCAAGAGCUGAUUGUCGUGAACCAUUUAUUUUUCACCUAUCGCUCGCAUCGCAAUCACGUUUUUGCUCCGGACAUUUGACGAUUCCUGCAUGCCCCCUACAUUUGUAUUCCACAUUCACGUUUUCCCCUCACAUUCACAUCACGCAUCCCAACAUCAUGUGCUAC